ACAGUCAUUGCACCAACUUCUAACCUCAUUUGACAACUGAAAAUCAAAAACAUCCUCAAUUGUUCCGCACUUCGGUUUCUCAGAAUCUUCACAAAGAAUCAUACAUCGCCCCACCAAAAUGAUCGAACAAAUAAACCAAACGAGGAACAAAUCCGGAAGAUAGACAAACACCAUCAUUCUUUCCCUCUUCUUUGCUCCAGCGAGCGAGUGCGAGAGAUCCGAUCGCCAUGUCGCUCCCUCUUGUUCUGUUAAGCCUCCUCUCAGUCGCCUCACUCGUCGCCGCCGAGGUCCGUUUCUCCGAAAUUCGAUCCGAUGGCCGCCCCAUAAUCCCCUUCGACGAGUUCGGGUUCACGCAUCGCGGUCGUUUGGAGCUGAACAUCACUAAACUCUCUCUAUCCGGGCCGACACCGGACUCGCCAGCGCUUUCGAAGGUGGGGUUCUUCCUCAGCACCCGGGACGCCUGGGUUCAUGUGCUCCAACAGAUUGAGGACGGCGAAAUCAACUGCGUCCUAGGAUCAGACGCCGUACAGAAAGUCUACACCUUCGAUCGUCUCCCCAGCCUCACCACCACCGAAUUGAAUUACGUUUACGCCGAAAUAGAUGCUGAUCAGUACACACUUGUGUUCGCCAACUGCCUUCCGCAGCUUAAGGUCUCGAUGAGUGUUCGUUCGGCGAUGUACAAUUUAGAAGACGGUAACUCCAAUCGCCGCGAUUAUCUCUCUGCUGGUAAAACUGUUUUGCCUAGGGCUUUUUUCCUGUUCUCCAUCAUUUAUUUCGUUUUGGCUGUUGUAUGGGUCAAUGUUUUGUACAAGAAAAGGUUGACUGUUCAUGGGAUUCACUACUUUAUGUUGGCUGUGGUGCUUUUGAAAGCAUUGAAUCUAUUGUGCGAGGCUGAGGACAAAUCAUAUAUCAAGCGAACGGGGUCGGCCCACGGCUGGGAUGUCUUGUUUUACAUAUUUAGUUUCUUGAAGGGGAUUACUUUGUUUAGUUUGAUUGUGUUGAUUGGAACUGGAUGGUCGUUCUUGAAGCCAUACUUGCAAGAUAAGGACAAGAAGGUUUUGAUGAUUGUGAUACCGCUUCAGGUGGUUGCGAAUAUAGCCCAGGUUGUGAUCGAUGAGACCGGGCCUUUCCGCCAUGAGUGGGUCACAUGGAAACAAGUGUUCUUGCUUGUUGAUGUCAUCUGUUGCUGCGCAGUGCUUUUCCCAAUUGUUUGGUCCAUCAAGAACUUGCGGGAAGCGGCCAGGACUGACGGGAAGGCUGCGGUGAAUUUGAUGAAGUUAACUUUGUUUAGGCAUUAUUACAUUGUGGUGAUAUGCUACAUUUACUUUACUCGGGUGGUCGUUUACGCACUGGAAACUAUAACUUCUUACAAAUACCUUUGGACUAGCAUAGUCGCAGGAGAGUUGGCUACAUUGGCGUUCUAUGUAUUCACAGGGUACAAAUUCAAGCCGGAGGCUCAUAAUCCAUACUUUGUUAUUGAUGAUCAAGACGAAGACGCUGCAACGGAGCAAUUGAAGCUCGAAGAUGAGUUUGAACUAUGAGCUGUGUCUGGAUUUAAGGAUGUCGAUUUUGCAUCAACAAGCUGGAGAAGAAUGAGGUAGAUGCUAUGCCCUUAUGCAGGUUGUCUAGUUGUGCUUUAUUUUUUUAUUUUAUAUUGAUACUUGGCUUAUAUAUACCUGAACUAGCAUUGUAGUUUCACAAACUUAGAGUUCUCUGUCAAUUUUGCUGAAAACGAUGAUGUCUGUGAAGUGGAUAUCUCAUGGAUCAUCCUUUUCUUUA